AUGAGCCUCGACACCCUACCAACAGAGCUGCAGCUCCAGAUUGUGGCACAGCUCUCCAAAGUCUCCAAUAUCAAUGCUCUCUCCCAAGUCAACCGCAGCUACUACAACUUGCUUGUCAACCACCUCUACACCGUCGACGAGCUUACCCUCCAAAAAGAUGCCUUGCGCUGGGCCCUCACACAUCAAAACGGCGGCACGUUACAGCGCUGGCGAGAGGCUGGCCUUGACAUUAACCGCAUGCGCCGCAACAACACCCGCCCUCUCAUCGAGGCCAUGAAGGCCGGCUCCGACUGGGCCACCUGGCAAAUCCUUCACCUCGGCGCCAAUAUUCACAUUGCCGACAACCAAGGCCGAACACCCCUCCACCUCGCCUGCGCCGACGACUUUCAACGGCCAGACCUCGUCCGCUACAUGCUCGCCCAGGGCGCCAACUCUUCCGCUACGACUCGCGCAAAGGAAACGCCUCUUUUCAUGGCCAUCCGCUGCGGCAACGCCGAAAUUGUUGAGGCUUUGCUAGAAAAUGGUGCCGAUCAUGCCGCCAAGGAUCGCAUGGGCUGUGCGCCGCUGCAUGAGGUCAUUGAGAAUGGCCGUGUCGAGAUUGCCCAGCUGCUGCUUCAGCACGGCGCAAACCCAUCGCUGCCGCGACCGCUGACAGGCGAGACCCCGCUACACACUGCUAUUUUGACGGGCUCGCUCGACAUGAUAAAGCUGCUUGUUGACAGCGGUGCUGACCUGGCGGCCGAGUAUAACGACUUUACGCCUCUCCUUCUCGCUUGCCAGGACGGCAGCGUUGAUGUGGUGCGUUGGAUGUUGCAGAACGGCGUCGAUGUCCAGAGCAACACCAACAAGCGAGGCCUCACACCCCUGCACGCUGCAGCCAUGGGGGGUUCCGAUGAGGUUGUCAGGAUACUGCUCCAACAUCAAGCGCCUGACAUGCUCACCGUCCCGGACCAGUAUGGCGAUACGCCCGUGACGGUGGCCUCUCGCUACAAGCACGACAGCCUCGCCAGAAUGAUGGUGCAGCUCGUCAACUAG